AUGGGAGGAGGUGCUAACGUCAUGUUCGGCAACAAAAAUCCAUUUGGACCCCAAGACAAUGACGAAGGUCAUGAUUCGCACGGGGGGCCUCAUGAUUCGCAUGGAGGACCUCAUGAUUCGCACGGGGGUCCUCAUGAUUCGCAUGGAGGACCUCAUGAUUCGCACGGCGGUCCUCAUGAUGCGCACGGCGGUCCUCAUGAUCCGCACGGGGGUCCUCAUGGUGAAGAUCAUGGAGGUCAAUGUAGUCCCGAUGGAUCUAUGGGAGGACCGAGAGGGGGACCCAAAGGUAGGAGUGGUGGGUCUCGAGGGGGAGGGUCGGCUUCAAGGGGCGGAGGAAGGGGAAGAGGAACUAGCAAAAGCCCUUCAAGAGGAGGCGGAAGAGGAUCACGCGGGAUGAUCCAGAGCAGAAAUCCUUCUUUCACUCCAAAUGCAACUAAACCCUCUAGGAUUUCAGAAAGAUACACUCACGACUUCCAAGCCAGUCAAGGUGGUGAAAUGAGCUCUCAUGCGGGGAACUUUCGUGACCAGCCUCCCCAGGGCAACUACCCCCCAAGCCCCAUCAAUGCAGGGGGCAAUCAGAAGUACACUACAGACUACCAGAGGGGAGUGUUUUCACGCAUGUCUCAGGGACAAUCUCAGGGACCCCCUAAGAACGGAUUCUUAGCCAGUCGAGACCCGUCACUUUCUAUGCAAGGAGAAGACCAGGAGUCGUUUAUGGAGAGACCCCAGAGCAUGUCUCCGGGAUCUAAAGCCCCAUCCAAUGCCGGGACCACCCCCAGAGCACCUCAAAGGGGAUCCAGAGGGGGGAGUAUUCGAGGAUCACGAGGAGGGUCUCGUUACAUCAGUAGUCCUGGGGCAAGAAGUCCAGGGCAAUCUCGAGUUGGAGGACCUUCUAGAUAUUCUAGAGGCAUGUCACAGGGAGGACCGAUGUCUGGGUUUGGAGGUGGUCAUCACAGCUCGAUGGGUUUUCAGGGAAGUCAGGACGAGGGAAGCAUGUUUGAUGAUCCUCCUGAAGGUGACGAAAUGCAAGGGGAUCCGGAAGACGAUCCAAUGAUGGAUCCCAAUGGCGAUGGCGAAGAGUUCGGACCCUGGUCUGGCGGCAGUCGUGGCCGGAGCGCAGGUGGUCCACCGGGACGUGGUGGCAGCAGUGUUCGUGGAUCAAAAAUGCGUGGUGGUAGCCGAGGUGGACCACCGGGUCGGGGUGCUAGUACAUUUGGGAGCCGUGGCAGUUCUGCAAUGGGAAGCCGCGGAGGACCUUUCGGCAGUCGAGGUGGUGGCAGUGGGAUGAGCCGAGGCGGCGGUAGUCGUGGUGGAACCAUAGGACGAGGCGGAAGUCGUGCGGGAGGUUCCUCGGCAUCCAGAGGUGGUAGUGUAGCGCGUGGAAUGACCAAGAGUAGUGGCAUGGUAUCAGAAAGUGCCGGACAGGGAAGCAGAGUGUCCAAAGAGGAUCCAGUUUUCGGCAUGACCGCGGAAAAUUCAAAUGACGACCCGCAAGGAGAAUCCAUGCUGGGAAGCACGAAAGGAAAGCAGCCUUCGAAGAACGAUCCCCGAAUUUCGGGAAUAUCGGGUGAGUAUGCUACCUAA